AGGCAGAUCGUUGCCAGGGCGGCGGCGCGACAGUGCUAUCACUAUAUAUAGCGGUUGAAAGAAUGGAAGCCAGUAAGUGAAGGUGGCAGUGGUGUUGAUGGCGGUGAAGGGCGAUGGCGUGAUCGAGUACUCCGUCGUGGUGGUGGUGGUGGUGGUGAUGAUGAUGUUGACGAUGGUGACGGUGAGAGUGAAGCCAAUGAGUCAAUGGCAGGCGUGGCGCAUCGCAAGAAGUAUCGGAGGGGAACGAUGUAGGGAGGGAAACAGUGCGCGAGGAGGGAUGAUGCGGUGUGUACAGUGUAGGUGGGUGGUUGCCGGGCGGGCUUGUUGUUUUGGUGUUGGCUUAGGACGGGAUGGGAGACACAAUAGGGAUGGGAUGGCUGCCCUCUACCCUCGUACUGUAGUAAGACCUUGGAGGGGACGGGACGGGAGCGGCCAAAUGUGAGCUCCGCGCGCACGCUAAACGUGACGGUUGCUACGAGAAUAGAAGCAACAAAGCUUUACUUUGUAUGUAGUUUGUACUCGUAGUAUGUACUGGAUAAGGAGAGGUAAGGAGAGGGAGAGAAAGAAAGGACAAAGACGCUGUGAGGGUGGCUUGCUCGAGCGAGCCCUUCCUUG